AUGGAAAAGGAUGGCGAUUUUCGCCGUAAACCAACUCCAUUACUGGACAAUUCUGCUGCUGGUGGCGCUAGCAUGUCAUCAUGCAUGGGAGAACCUUACAAAAUGGACAGUCAUCCUGGAGAUACUGCAAAGAACUACAUCACUGUUAUACCUGUCGAAUAUCCUCGGUCUCGAGUUUAUCCCCAACCCCCAGAAUACAUGGUAGAACCUUAUAAUGAUUAUCUAAGAGAACGCACUCAUGAUGACUACGUCAGUAGUGACUAUAAAUUGAAUCCAGAAGCUCAAUAUGAAGAUCGAGGUCGAUUGUACACUGUUUCUAAAAGAUUUGAAAGAGAGAAGCCCCAUUUGAGCACAAGUUAUUUGGAUAGAGAAAGGGAAUGGGAGAAAUCUCUUAACUCUCAUGCAGCAGCCUGUCAAGAUCCUGGUCUGCCUGUGUCAAAGGAAAAUGCCAUAAAUACAAAUUUGGAGAUGCAGAUGAGUGAAUCACACCACAACGAAAUGAACCCAGUGCAACGUAUGGCUUUGAGUAUAUGUGUGUUUCUUAUGUCACGGGUUGUAAUUCAUAUGGAGCUGGAAGAUGGUGCCAAUGCUACUGCUCAAGAUUUACUCCAGUGUGUUCUGCAAGAGGAACAAUUGGCCUUGCCACGAUUAGCUGCGAGUAUGUUCUCCCUCUGGAUGAGUUCUAGUAUUCUAGAACUUCAAUUAAAGCCAUACCAUAAACCGUAUGAAAUACGUCAGAAAUGGAGAGUUCUUACAAAUAAAUACAGCACAGCAUCUGAAGCACGUCUUCUGAGAGAUGAGCCAGUACUCUCCUUUCAAAGGAAUGUUUUCUUUUCAAGAAGAGCAGAGGAACGGAUAAAGGACCAAAAACUACUGGAUCUCUUAUAUGAGGAAGCGAAGUACAAUAUACUAGAGGGAAGAUAUCCAUGUGAAGUAUCACAUUAUAUAAUGCUGGGAGGUAUACAAGCUCGCAUUGAAUUAGGUCCAUACAUUCCACAGGUGCAUACUACUCAGUUUUUCAGGGAACAACAAAAUAAAUUUUUACCAGCUCAUGUAAGUAGAUCAAGUUGGUCAUGGCUGAGAAUAAGUGGUAAAAAUUCUCCAGAAGUUCGAUUGUUGGAACAAUUCAAACGUAUUCCUUCUAGUACUCCAUCCAGAAAAUUAGUUAGGAAAUAUUUAGAAUUUUGCUGGUCUCUGCCUUACUAUGGGGCUGCUUUCUUCCAAGGGCAGGUAGAACAACCAGUGAGAGACUUAACUUCACUUAUUACACAUCAAGAUAUUUCUGUACUUGUAGCAAUCAAUGCUCAAGGAGUUUAUGUAAUAGAUAAUGUACAGUGUACUCUUCUAUUGGGUCUUAAAUAUGAGGAGUUGUCAUGGGAUUUUGCAAAACCAUCACAAGAAGAUAAUCCUGAUUGUUUACCAUGUUUAUUUCUUCAAUUUAUGGUAUUAGAAAACGGAACACGAGUAUCAAAAAUUUUGCAAGUAUUUUCUAAACAGGCCCCAAUGAUGGACACACUUAUAUCAGUAUUUGUUGAAGAACUGAAACAGAGAACAGCUUACGUUGAGGAAAGUGAAAGGCCUCUGUAUGAUACUUCUACUGAUAGUGAUGGUAUGGUUCAUAAACUUACUAACACACAAGUUCCACUGACCAUGGUUAGUCGCAGGGAACAACCCCAAUCCUGCCUUAGCAACAAACUGAGUAAACUUACACUUGCAACGUUUGAUGAAGAUGGUAAAUAGUGACCUUGUAUUAACUUUAACAAAACUAUUUUUGAGGAUAGACAAACAUUAGGACAGUUUUUUCUUCUAAUCCCUUUACUUCCAUUGGCAACAAGUGACUUCUAUAGUUCAUGAUUUCAUCCUUAUAGGACGAUGUAUUGGACAAAUGGGUUCAUGGUCCUUCAGCUAUUAAUUGAAAUACUCAUCUGCAUAUUUUGUUUUAUUCUCUUCAUGUCGGCAAUUGAGAAGUGUUCAAUAAAAAAUAUUUUGGAAGAUUUCAUUUUCUGAUUUUAUUCCAUUUCAUCACAAUCUUUUUUCAUAAUCAAUUCAACAUUAUAGAAGAUACCCUGAGAAGUAUGGUACCACAAGGUUAACAGCAAGACUUCUAAUUGACGUACAGAGCAGGGUUCUGGUGAUGUAGUGUGAAACCUCUUCACCAAGUUGUACUACCGUCUUCAAUAGAGUUCAUAUAUAUGCUAUUUGGAGGCUAGAGCAUUAAUGCAAAUUCAUUAGUCAUCUCCCUCAAAACUGUCCUUCAUAAUCCCUGAAAUCCUCCUCUUAAGAUGUAUACACUUAUGUCUGUUCUAUUGUAAGCUAGUUGUGGAACUGAGAAAUGUUGUUCCUAAAAUCAAAUUGUGCUAUUUUAUUUUAUAUUAUCCAAAUAUCACAAUAUGUUCUAUGUUCUAAAUUUGUUUUAUAUAAAAACACUUGUAAUUAUAAAUUUCACCUGAAUAUCUUCUAUCAUUUAAUUUCAGAAAGGCAGUAACCUAUUUCACAAUCCUACUCAAAGAAAAUUGUGAAGUGGGAUAUUAAAAUAUCUCUCGAAUUAAUAAAAGUAUAGGGAUCCCCUCAAUAAUAAGUACUUUACAUAUAUACAUACAUACUAUUUAG